GAUAUUGGAACACAGCAAGCGUUACUUCAAGAAAUAUAUUCAUUAGUCUCAAAACGUCCUGAUACGGCUUGUAAUUUUCUUGAAGGGAGUCAAAUGCUCGGUGGAAAAGACACUCGUGUUAUUUAUAGGCAUUAUGCAACUUUAUUUUUCGUUUUUGUGGUUGAUGAAAGUGAAAGCGAAUUGGGAAUUUUGGAUUUAAUUCAGGUGUUCGUUGAAAGUUUGGAUCGAUGUUUUGAAAACGUGUGCGAACUAGAUCUGAUAUUUCAUUUUGAAGAGGUUCAUCAUAUUCUUUCAGAAGUAGUUUCAGGAGGAAUGGUACUGGAAACAAACAUAUCAGAGAUAGUAUCUGCGUAUAACGAAGCAAAUAAACUUAAGAAACGUUCUGGAACGAUAGCAACAAUUUCAACAAGUGGUGCUAGCGCAGUGGCUCGUGAUUUGGGUGCUAAUUUUGCAAGUACUGUAACAUCUACUUUACAGAAUACAUUACAAACUACUGUUAGUGCGACAUUCCCUACAUUUAGAAGGAGCUCUGGAUUCAAUACCUAG